AAAUAUAAAGUUUACAAAAACUUAUGUUUGGCAUAAACAAUUUGAAUUCUCAACCUAAAUAAUACGAUAAUAUAAAUUAAGACUGUAUUUUAGGUUAGGUUCAUAGAAAAGUUAGAGACGUAUCUAAUAUUAAGAAAAAUAUUAUCUUAUUGAGCAGUCGAUUAAAAUUCAGUAUGUUUUUGUGUAAGAGUUCAGUGACUAGAUCAAGUAUUUGGACAAAAUAUAACUUUUAUGAUAGCUUGCUUAAUAAUGUCGGCCAGCGAUACCGGGGUUAUAUCAGUUUUCAAAAACUGGCGAAAACCACAAUAUUUAGUAGUAAUAAAAACAUAUUUAAACAAGCCAAUAAAUUAAAAAUCAACUGCCCACUCAGAAAAUUAUCUUCAAACAUAUUGAGUGGAGAUGAAAAAAAUUUGAAGAGUGCUCAAGAAGAAAAAGAUCUCAAUAUAAUAUCAAAAAUAUUUCCGCAACCUCGUGUAACACUUAAUAUAUUACAAUCGAGGACUCCAGAGAAAGCGUUUGAAGUGUUUUACAAACAGAACAUAGUGACACUGAAAGGGAAAAAGAAGAAAAUGUUACAGAACGAUUGGAACUGCACAUAUGCUUUCGUUUGGCCAGAGAAGGUUAAAUUUGAAAGCACCGCCAUUUCAAAACGUUUGGCCGCAGAGAAGGCAGCGUCAAAGGCCCUGCAUUGGCUGUACAUCAACAAUCGAAUAGACGAGAACGGAGCGCCAAUAUAUGACAGAGACGUAUUAAAUGACAUCAGGGGUAAUCUGAAUGAACCAAUACAGAUUACCAUCAGCGAUAAAUCAAUGGAGAGAAUUGACAAAAUAUGGAAUGAUUAUGAGAGUGGAAUAAAAGAAAUAUACGAGGCGACCUUCAAAGAAGCGAGGCAAAGGCUGCUGCAGACCUCACUUGUGACUAAAGAUUCGACCAUAGACGAAGAUGAUUACUCGGAUAAUGUUUUCGAAAAUGAGAACUGUACCAACGAUAUUUUUGAACAAAAAAGCAACGUCCAUCCCGUGUACGGAAGGAUCAUAACGGAGCCGUCGGAAAACACAUUAACGAAACGCGAGAGAACUCUGACAAGGAAAUUUGAACUUUACGACGCCGAGAAAACUCCUUUGCCCAUCGACGGAUACGCUAAGCAAAUAUCUGAGGCGGUCGAAGCCAGCCGGGUGACUGUGGUUGUGGGGGAAGCUGGCUGUGGGAAGUCCACGCGAGUGCCGAUCGCGUUGUUGCAAAACUCCUUGUUGUCGACCGCCAUUGUGUCGGAGCCGAGACGCGUGGCCGCCAUCGGACUGGCGCAGAGAGUCGCCAGCGAACUAGGGGAGGAGGUUGGAGAAACAGUCGGUUAUCAAGUGCGCUUGCACUCGAAGCCGCCGCGGCCGCCCGCCGGCUCCGUGCUCUACUGCACCAGCGGGGUCCUGCUGAGGAGGCUGCAGGCCAACCCAGGUCUCGUAGGCUGCACUCACGUGCUCAUAGAUGAGGCUCACGAGAGGGACGUGAACACCGAUGUGACCUUAUUGCUUUUGAAAAGAGCUUUGAAAAUCAAUUCGGAACUUAAAGUCAUUAUAAUGAGCGCCACGCUUGACGUCGACGUGUUCACUAGAUAUUUCGGACAAUGUCCGGUGAUAGCGGUUCCGGGGAGAACUUACCCGGUCGAGGUCACGUAUCUCGAUGACAUACAAAAGAAGUUCAAUUUGAAUUUGCCCAAAACGAUGGAGAGUAUCUCGAGGGCGGGCGGUAGACCGACGGUCCACUGCCAAGAGAUAGCCGAAGUGAUAAAAGCGAUCGACAGAACGCAAGAGGAAGGUGCGAUUUUAGUGUUCCUCCCGGGCUGGGCCGAGAUAAAAUAUACGAUGCAGAUAUUAGAAGAGCACUAUCGAGGCUCGAACUUGCAUAUGCUCGUGCCUGUUCAUUCCAGACUGUCGGCGUUGGAGCAGGCGCGCAUAUUCUCGGCGGCGGCGGCGGGCGUGCGGCGCGUGCUGCUGGCGACCAACGUGGCGGAGACGUCGCUGACGGUGCCGGACGUCACGCACGUGCUGGACACCGGCGCGCACCGGGAGAACACCACCGACCAGAGCGCGGGUACAUUAUGUCUGGAGACGGCGUGGGUGUCGCAGGCCGCCGCCAAGCAGAGGUGCGGACGAGCCGGGAGAGUGCGAGCGGGUCACUGCUACAAGCUGUACACGAGGCAGAAGGAGCAGGAGUUCCGGCCGCACUCCACCCCCGAGAUACUGAGGGUGCCGCUGGUGCAGACGGUGCUGGACUGCAAGUCGUACGCUCCGGACGACAGGAUCGAGGACUUCCUGUCGCAGCUGCCGGAGCCCCCCGGCUCGGACGCCAUCGACUUCGCCGUCAACGACCUCGUGGAAAUUGGUGCUCUAACUGGCCGGCAACAGCUGACACGGCUCGGCGGGCUGCUAUGCGGGCUGGCGCUGGCGCCGCGGGUCGCUGUCUGCCUGCUACACUCGGUGGCCAUUGGCAAUGUCAUUGCCGCCGCCACGAUCGCCACGCACGUCAGCGACAACUUGCAGCUGUUCCACGACGCUGCUCAACGCAAGGCAGAAAUACUCGAGAUGAAGCGCAAAUUCAGUCCGACGUGUGACUACAGCGCCCUGUACUGGAUCCAGCGCGAGUUCGAACAGAAGCUGUCCGAGCUCGGCGGGGGGGAGGCGGGGCGCUGGUGCACGCAGCACGGACUCAGUAGGGAGAGAUUGAAAAACGUUAAAGAUCUGACGAACUUGUAUCUGGAGCAACUACUGAAAACUGGCGUAGUAGAACCUACGAUAGAGGCGGAAGAACUAAACAGGUUCAGUGGUAUUGACGAGCUGACGUCCGCCGUGCUGUUGUCCGGGAGCGACGCGCUGCUCACCGCGAGCCGCAGACUCAGGACCAAAGGGAAACUCGCCACGGAAACCGUGCUAUACACCAGCUCCCGCGAACGCGCCCACGUCAGCAGCGAGAGCGUGAAUCACAAUGUGAUCAAGCGCGGCGAUAAAUGCAAGCUGAUCGCGUAUUUCGGGGGCCACCGCUCGGCCGAGAGGAGAGCCCUCGUGCUCCACAAGACCAGCCUCGUGCCCCCGCAGACCGCCCUGCUGUUCAGCCCGUCUGACGUGCGGAAGGAGGCAUCGGACAGUGAAACAACGAUAUUGUCUAUACCAAAGCAUAACUUAAGAAUACACAUGCCAACCUGUCAAGCAGAUUAUUUAUUAAAAGCCAGAGAAAUGCUGUGGAACACAUUCAAGUACCAAAUAGAGAGAAAUAUGAAUACUCUAGAUUACGGUGACAACACUAAAGUAUCAAGAUUCAGAGUCAGACUAGUCAAGAGCAUCGGAAGGAUAUUAGUGGAAGGAUCGCGAGAGUGCUUGGAAGGAAAGAAGGAAAAAGUAUUUGUUGAUGACGAAUAAAUAC